AUGGCUUAUUGCAAUUCGUCUCUUAUUGAAGAGUUGCCUGACGGCACUGGUGUGUUCUAUGUGGGGGAAAGGGUUGCUUGUCUCGUGUCUCGUCUCUCCUGUCCUUUUCUUUCCCUUUUUGUUCAUUUGCGUGCGUUGGGUAAUUUUCUUAUGAAGUACUGUAGCCCUCCUAUUCAUACGUUAUGUUUGGUGGGGUUUCUUAUGUUGCUUUGCAGGUUCGUAGUGCGCCGCACGUGA